AUGAAUUUAAACAACUUUGUGGUUCUUCCCAGCAAGUCCAAGUCAAUGAAGUUAAAUGUCAGGAAUGUCCGGGAACUGCGUAUGGAAACGGUGCAGCUGGCUCAGCAGACCAAGGACAUGGAGAACCGACUGGAGGAGCUCAGAGAGCGCAUGUGCCAGGAGAAAGAGGAGCGAGAGAAAUCGGGUGCCUCCCAUUGGCGUUCUGCACUAUCUGCGGGUCUCGCCCCUGGAUUUCAGAGUGCCAAAAUGAACAAGGAGAAUCAGCUCUCUCCAGGCAAGAUGAAGAUUAGAGUGUUGAAGGAUGAGCCAGUGCCAGUUGUACAGAAGCCGUUGGUGGUGGAACCAGCUAACAAGGCAAAGGGCGCUAACAGGAAGCUCAGACUGAGGGGUAAAGUGUGCGGACAAUGUGAAGUUCAACUGGCCGGACUGAUGUGUUCGGAAUGUGGAGAGGACUACUGUGUUGGCUGCUUCGUCAGAUUCCACCAGAAGGGGGCACUAAAGCACCAUCGGAUGAUCCCAGUACAGGCAGAGCUCCAGACCCCUGUCAGCACUCGGGAUGUGUUGGGUCACCUCCAGCAGCAGGUAACAGGCGAGGAGAGCCAACCCACUCAAGGUGCUGUCCACAAAUCCGCUGAUGAAAGAGAAGCCACGGAGCAGAGACCAGCAGCCAAGAACAUAUUGCCCAUGUCUGAUAACCUAACACACCACACACAGCCUCAGGUGUUGUUUGUGAAUGACGGUGUUGACGUGGAGGAUGAGGAGGGUGCUGAGAAAGAGGAGAGCUCUCUGCUGAGAGGAUUUUAUGAUGAAGAGGAGUCAGCUAGGUCAUUUCAAAUGGCAUUGCAAGAGUGGAGAGACAAAAGACCAAUAACAGCUCGACCAGCAUCUAUAAUGGGUACUCAGACAGAGAGAAGAUCUCAGCAUCACAUCCAUGUGGAGUUCAAGGAGGACAUGCUAAGCUACAUGGAGAAACUCCUUUUGAAAAAACACCGCAGAGGCCAAAUUGAAGAAUUUCAGUCUCAGUCUUUUGUCUACCGCCGACCAGACCCAUCCACAUCUCCACCCACAGAGACGGAUGAACUGAGCCAAAAACUGACAACUGAGCAGAUGGAGUUACGCAAGUACUUCACUUCACUCUUCACAAUCGCUCCCGCUGAGGAUGCUGGGAGAGUGGACAGCCCAGCAGAAUCCUAUCUAAGCAUCGUUGAGUUAGAUGAGAUGGUUGGAGAAGUUGCAACGCACAGAUCCUUCGCAGCUGAGCCGGAAAAUGAAAACAAAAUGACAGAGAAGGAAAAUGGAGAUGGAGAAUUUGGAUGUCGAGUUGUUACUUCCACACCGUCCUUGUCUGAGCUGACCAGAGGAUCAUGCUGUGAACAUAAUUCUGUCACUGAGAUCUGGCCACCAUCACAAGAGACUGACCAAUUUUCAUCACAUUUGCCAAGACCAGAAACUUCUCCUCCACUUCAAACGAGGCUUCAGAUAUCACAGCACCUGUCAGCUACAUCAGCGAGCUCAGAAACAUUUCUGUUAAAUUCACCAAGGGGAGAACAGAAAGUGGAACAUUCCUCUAAGAUAACGCUGUCCACCCCUCUCUGUGAAUCUCCAAAGCCACGGACAAGGUUCUACCAUCUCCCAGGUCUUCACAAUGUCAAUCGCCAACAUUACUCAUCCCUAAACGAAGUCCAAAACCUCCAUGUUCUCCAUCCCCAAGGUCUCAGUUGUGCUCCUCCCCAGUGA